AAUUGGACGAACUGGAAGGGCCCUCCGAUGCCACGGAUACCUGCAAUCUGUAGUUUUGAGUCCCGAGGAUCACAAACAGCUCUCACAUCAACUUCCUUGCUGCUAGAGGUUAGAAGGAUCAUGCUUGUAGUCUGUCAAUGAUUUUGAUAGAGGAAGAACGAUUCCCCGAUGCCAUAGGCUCUUCUGGUCCGAAGUGUUUGAAGUCCGAGUCCACAACCGACUUUCACACAUACUCGGUUACUGCAGGUGGGUUUGUCGGGAAGCACCAUGCCGGCCUCUAUACCCUCGUCCUGAAUGACGAGAGACAGCCCGGGGUGCCAUGCCAUGUUCCCGUUCAAAGAGAAGAAAUCCGGGGACCACAUCUCCACGCCCUUGUUGAUUUUGAAGUUCCGGCACCAAGUAUAAACCCUCUUUACAACGGAUUUGGAUACCAGAAUGCACCCCAUUUCGAUCUGCUUUCGAAGGACCGCCUAUCGUCCAGCUUUCGAACAGGGCUCAAACAUAUAACGGCAGAUAUCUUGUUUGGAGGCGUCAUGCCACACCUAUGCAGGCGAGUGCGAACUUUGGCAAAACCAUUGUCCGAGAUUCAGGGGAGGUUAUUCAGGAACCGGACAGUUCUACUACUGCCAUAGCGGGGGUAGACGCUGUAUUUGAACCAUCCAGUGCCGAAUUCUCUCCCCACCCAUGGCCACUGAGAAGUC